AUGCCGUCCCAUCUCCCCUCUCCGCCGUCCUCGCGUUCCAACUCCCCCAACAGCAGCUCCAGCACCAGUCAACCCGAACCUGUCGAAGCAGAAAGUCAGGAUCGCAAGACGCAGGAUGAUGAACCCCAGCAUCAACCCAAGGAAGAAGAAGGACCGUCCAAGGAAGUCCUCUCAGACCGCCUCGACGCGCUUCUGAUGUCCUAUCUGACCAUUCUAGACACCUACACCAGUCUUCGCGCCCAACUUUCCAAGGACCUCUCGGCGGGAUUCUUCUCGCUGGCGCAAGCGAAUCGGAAUGCGAAUUCUACCUUGGGAGUGGGGAGGAGGUAUGGUGAGGAAGGGUUCGAUGAGAGGAUGAAGGCUGGUAGGGUGGUAAGGAUCAAAGCGGAGGCGGAAAAAGGAGGGCUGGGUGAGAGCUGCGCGAAUGAGGAUGAGAAGGAUGACUAUGCCGGCAGCGAAAUAAAGAAUGGAAGCAAGACUCUGGAGGAAACCAUGACAUCGCAAAGGAAUGAGAAAGAUACGGAAACCACCACCUCUCCUUACCGCGUCUCAGUCUCCCCCCCGUCGUCGCCGCACACAUCCAAAGACCCGCUGAAAUGGUACGGCAUCCUUAUCCCACCAUCCCUCCGCACAUGUCAAAUCCACUUUGCCAGAGCCAUAUCCUCCACCGUCCCCGACGUGAUGAACACUUCAUCUGCAAUGCGGGAUCUGGAAGAGGAGAUAUGGGCCGUUCGACGCCAGUUAGGGAUCAUUCGCGACGACGACAACACUGUCAGUGCCGAUGAGUUUGAUAAAAGCAAGAAUGAUGGCGCCGUUGAAACAGACACGAGCUCGUCCAAGACAGAGGGAGACCAAGGUCCGGAGAUUUCUCUGCCAACAAACACUCUAUCGUCUUCUAGGCCUCAAAUGUCGCAGGCAAAGAAAUCCUCCUCGUUAUCGUCCACUUCUCCUCCGACAAUGGCGCCAUAUGAGCCGCGAUCCAGGAUUUUAAAGCUUGACUGA